GUGGCUGAAGAGUCGGGGAACCAGCUUGACGUGCCACAGAGACAGUUCACAGUUGUUGUGUGGUGCUGGGGGUGCUGAGAGAGUCCAGUUCUCCUGUUGCUGUCAUGGGUUUCAGGGAGGUGCUGCUGUCCUUCCUCCUGUUGUCCGUUGGGAGCUGGUGCAGAGGAGCCGUUAUCACAGGGGCUUGUGAGAGAGAUGUGCAGUGUGGUUUUGGCCUUUGCUGUGCUGUCAGUCUAUGGCUGAGGGGUCUGAGGAUGUGUGUCCCAAGAGGUGUGGAAGGGGAUGAGUGCCACCCCUUUAGCCACAAGGUACCCUAUCCAGGGAAAAGGCAACAUCACACCUGCCCCUGUCUCCCCCACUUGGUGUGCACCAGGUAUGCUGACAGCAAGUACAGGUGUACUGAGGACUUCAAAAACAUGGACUUUUAACAGACGAGUAAACGCCCAGAAUGAUGCAAGCACAACAGAAAACAGAGUGGAAAUCCAAACAGCCUGCGGAUCAAAAUUUUCUUCAGUGACUUUAUUCUUUAUUUGUGUACUCUAUGCACUAAAAUGUAUGGGUUCUACUGAUGCACACAACAAGCACAUAAAAAGAAACAGGGAAGUGUAACCAACAAGAGCUACAAUAAACAUGAGACAUCUUUAAUUUAACAAGCCAAAUGUUACCCCGAGAGUUAUUUGUGAACUUUUAGCACAUCUGCUGUUUCUUUCAUGCUCAUUUUAUAUUAAUUUAUCAUGAGACGUGUUCGAGUAUUACUGUCAAUAAACAUAUACAUAAAGUUGUGCUUUAUAGAGGGCUCAGUUAAUAUUGUUACAUAAAACAUUAUGUUCGGUAUGGAAUGGAAAUAUCAACUGGUUUUAAUCAUGGUCUGAUAACGUUCAAAAACAGAAUCUUAGUGCAAAUACUUUCACAAGCAAACUGACCUUGUGCAAUAUAUUUGAUUAGUGCAUACGUGAGUCAAGGUGAAAUUCCCUCAUGUUUAGAUCGUUAGUAGUUCUUUUUUUCUUCUGUCUUAAAUUGAAAUGAUCGUGUCCAGUGUGAAAUCUCGACCUGACACAUGGCCUUUAAAAGCUUUAACAACAAAAAAAUUAAUAACAGGAAAACAUUAAGGGAAAAAGUAGUAUAGAUCACCAGAGAUGCUAUGGACUGGGAGUACCUGUACUCCGGUAUUACCCUGCAGCUGUGAGCUUAUAGGAAAGGGCAUUUCAGAUACAACCUUGAUUAGUUGUAUAUAAGGGCUGGCCUCAGCAACUGGACGUUCACUCAUCUGAGUCUACCUGUAAAGAGCAAC